AUUCGGCGUCUUUGUGCGUAAUUUGGUUUGCUCCACCACCCUCAGGCCCAGGUUAGGAAGGAACUUGGAAGAAAGCAAUCAGCAAAAGCGACCUCCAUUCAAUUCUCCAUCGCUCUCUAAUUUCUGAAUCUGAGCUGCUCUGGUUGUUUAGAAAGAGAAGGGUUUCGAUCGGAUAUCAAUUAAGGCAUGGGUCAAGCUUUUCGCAAGCUCUUCGAUACCUUCUUCGGCAACACUGAGAUGAGGGUUGUGAUGCUAGGGCUUGAUGCAGCAGGCAAAACGACAAUAUUGUACAAGUUACACAUUGGAGAAGUUUUAUCCACUGUCCCAACUAUUGGUUUCAAUGUCGAGAAGGUUCAAUAUAAGAAUGUGAUGUUCACAGUUUGGGAUGUUGGUGGACAAGAGAAAUUAAGGCCACUCUGGAGGCAUUACUUUAAUAAUACAGAUGGGCUGAUUUAUGUUGUUGAUUCCUUGGAUAGAGAAAGAAUUGGGAAAGCUAAAGCAGAAUUUCAGGCUAUUAUCAAUGAUCCAUUUAUGCUCAACAGUGUUGUCUUGGUAUUUGCCAACAAACAGGACAUGAAAGGAGCAAUGACUCCAAUGGAAGUAGCAGAAGGACUAGGUCUCUUUGGUCUCAAGAACAGAAAAUGGCAUAUACAAGGGACUUGUGCUCUCAGGGGAGAUGGCCUCUAUGAGGGCUUAGAUUGGUUAGCUGGAACGCUCAAGGAGAUGAGAGCUGCUGGGUAUUCUUCACUGGGUUCAUCAUCAUUCUAAUGGUUCAGGUACAUCUGAGGCAACUUGAGUUUGUCUAAUGAUGGCCGUUUGACCAGCGGGUUGUCAUAAAUUGUAUCAAAAUUUUCUUUUGUUGUGUUUAAAGCUGAUUAAGUUUACUUGGAUGCCUACCAUUGGCCUUUUAUUGUUGCUUAGACUUGACAACUCCUAUGUAUAUUAAUUGAAGGACAGGUCCUACCUCUCAAGAAAAUCAGUUAAAACAAUGAGGUUCUUGUUAUGAUUAUGAUGGAAUAUAGACAAUAUUAUGAA